AUAUUUUAUUGGAUCAAUACGUGUGAUUCUUAUCUAUCCACAUUUUUCAUACAUCUCACUACCAAGUUUUUAUUUAUUUUCAGUUUCACUUUUCCUUCAACACUUUUGAAAUAGUAAAUAUUCGGCUAUUCUGCCUACUAAAACCUACUUCACACUUUUUAGUCAUUCUACUCAAAACUCAUCCAUUGUCGCAGAAAAAUAAACAAUGAAACUCCAAACCUUCUUUAGCACUAUACUACUCUUUUUCACUACCAUCUUCUUACUUCUAUCACUUUCUCAUUCGGUUUCAGCUAACCAAUCCAACCACACCGGUUUUCUCCAAUGUCUAUCUCUCCGGUUAAACGACUCCAACAUCGUCUCAAAAGUCAUACACACACCCAACGACUCUUCCUUCUCCUCCGUCCUAUCUUUAACUAUACAAAACCCGAGAUUCUCCUCACCCGGUACACCUAAACCGGUUUUAAUCCUAACUCCGGUUCAGCCUUCACAUGUUCAAUCAGCGGUUAAAUGCGCACGCCGGUUCGGUAUCCACAUCAGAACCCGAAGCGGAGGACACGACUACGAAGGCCUAUCUUACGCCACCCACAAGCCCUUCGUAAUCCUCGACUUAACCAACCUCCGGUCCAUCACAGUCGACGUCGAUAACCGGUCGGUUUGGGUCCAAACCGGAGCCACGAUCGGUGAACUAUACUACGAGCUCGGUAAAAUGAAUAAAACUUUAACGUUCCCCGCCGGAGUUUGCCCCACCGUCGGCGUCGGAGGACACUUCAGCGGCGGAGGGUACGGUACCCUCCUGAGAAAACACGGUUUAGCCGCAGAUCACGUGAUAGACGCGCGUGUGGUCGACGCGCGCGGCAGGGUUCUUGAGAGGCGAGAGAUGGGCGAAGACUUCUUCUGGGCCAUUCGCGGAGGCGGUGGCUCGAGCUUCUGCGUCGUGCUUUCGUGGAAGAUCGGUUUAGUCGAUGUUCCGUCGACGGUAACGGUCUUUAACGUCACGGAGUUUGAAGAACAGAGCGCUUUAAAGAUUAUCCACCGUUGGCAGUUUGUCUCCGAUAGAGUCUCUGAUGACUUGUUCGUGAGAGUUAUGUUGCAGAGGUACAAGAACAUGGUUCGAGCUUCUUUCCCGGGUUUGUAUCUCGGUUCGGUUAAGAGUUUGUUGGAGUUAGUAAACCGGGAGUUUCCUGAACUCGGUUUGGAGGAAAAAGAUUGUAAAGAGAUGAGCUGGAUAGAGUCUGUGGUUUGGUUCGCUGAGUUAGGUGACGUACCGAUCGAUAAUCUUGGAAAACGCGCACGUGCGUCUUUGGCUUUCAAGGCUAAGUCAGACUUCGUUCAAGAGCCAAUACCGGAGACUGCGAUUUCAAACAUGUGGAGAAGGUUGCAAGCGCCUGAAGCAGAGCAUGCGCAGCUGAUCUUCACACCGUUCGGUGGUAGAAUGAGUGAGAUUGGAGAGUACGAGACGCCGUUUCCUCACCGUGAAGGGAACAUGUACGAGAUCCAGUACUUGAAUUACUGGAGAGGAGGAGGAGAGGAGAAAGAGAAGUAUAUGAGAUGGGUGGAGAGAGUUUACGAUGAGAUGAGUGAGUUUGUGGCGAGUUCUCCGAGGGGAGCUUAUAUAAAUCUAAGGGAUCUUGAUUUGGGGAUUUAUGUUGGGGGUAAGAGGAGUAAGUACGAGGAAGGGAAGAGUUGGGGAGUGAAGUAUUUUAAGAAUAAUUUCGAGAGAUUGGUUAGAGUUAAGACGAGUGUUGAUCCUUUUGAUUUCUUCUGUGAUGAACAGAGCAUUCCUCCUUUUAGUUCCGUUGAAGUUAUGUGAAAGAGUUCGAAUGUUAUGCGAGUUCGAGAUUUUGUUGUCGGAAAAAUAGAGUGAUGAAGUGAAGGGCUUGUGAGUGUUUGUGUUAGUAUGUACUAUAAGUUCUUAGUUUGAAAUGUAUUUAAUUUAUUUUAGUAAUAAUCUGUGGUUGGAUCUUAUUCUUUUACUUGUAGAGUUGAAUCCAUAACUCAUAUUGAGAGAAAUAAA